AACGCAUUGCUCUGUUGCAACAUGUGUUCUGUCCAUACUCUCUCUCUUUCAAGUUACUUAUUAAUAAACUUUCAUUUCAACCCUCCCACUCCACAUUGACUCAACAAACUCUCUUCUCUCUACUCUCUCUCCUCCAACUUCCACACACACACCACACGCAUCUUCUUUCCUCAUGCAGCCUUGUAGCAGAGAAAUGCAAUCUCUUAACUCUCUCUUCAACUCUUCUUCUUCUUCUUCUUCUGAAAUUCCCAUUCCUCUCCAAAGUCAGAUCCAAAUUAACAACAACAACAACAAUCACAACGACACAUUCAACCAUCACGACGAUUUUCUCAAACAAAUCCUCUCCACCAAUCUUCCUCCUUCAUGGAACACUCUCGACCCAAACCAUAACAAACCCUUAUUAUGGGACCCCAAUUCCGACGAAAAUGUCACUUUCCCUAAUUACGAUGAACAACACAACAACCUUGCCUCUAAGUUUCGUAACCACCAGAUCACUGACAAAACCGCCGCCGCUCUCAUGCUUCUCACCGCCGAUUCCGGAGGUCUCCUCCACAUGCCUGCUGACUUUGACUCCUCCCAAAACGACGUCGUUAACACCUCCUCCCUUUUACAGGCUGCUGGUGAUGCUUCCGUUCAAGCUCUCUUCAACGGUUUCUCCGGAUCUCUCCACGGUGUCGCUCAACCUCACCAUUUUCAACCUCCACAGGGGCAGAGUUUUGGAAGUGGUUCGGUGAGUGCAACGAACCAAGCUCCGGCAAGUGGCGCUCCGGCUCAGCCGAGACAAAAGGUUAGGGCAAGGAGAGGGCAAGCCACCGACCCACACAGCAUCGCCGAAAGGCUACGGAGGGAAAGAAUUGCUGAGAGAAUGAAAGCUUUGCAGGAACUUGUUCCUAAUGCAAACAAGACAGACAAGGCUUCCAUGCUGGAUGAGAUCAUCGAUUAUGUGAAGUUCCUACAAGUCCAAGUCAAAGUUUUGAGUAUGAGCAGAUUAGGUGGAGCAGGGGCUGUAGCUCCUCUUGUGGCUGAUAUGUCCUCCGAGGGUGUCAGUGACUGCGUCCAAACAAACGGCAACGGAGGGGUCCACCCACGAAACCCUAAAACGGCGUCGUCCUCCAACGAAAGCCUCACCAUGACGGAGCAUCAAGUGGCCAAGCUAAUGGAAGAAGACAUGGGAUCUGCCAUGCAAUACUUACAAGGCAAAGGUCUUUGCCUCAUGCCUAUUUCUCUUGCUACUGCAAUCUCUACUGCCACGUGUCACACCAGGAACCCUUUGAUCAAUGCUGCUAAUAAUAACAUCAACGGUAGUUCCAACCCUAUCACCGCAUCUAACGGUGAUGGGCCAUCUUCUCCCGGAAUGUCCGUUAACAGCAUCGUCAAAGAUGCUAACUCCGCUUCUAAGUCGUAGACGCCGUCUGUUUCGUUGACUUUUUCACUCAACAGAGACAUAAACAAAAGAGUAGCAUCUAAGAUGAAAACACAAAAUGAGGUGGAGUUUCUCAAGUCUAGGAAAAUAAUGCGUGGGACUUUUACGACGUCGUAUUUACCUAGACUUUGGCAGAUGCUAACUUUCGUAUUAAUUUCAGCCUUACCAUCUUUCUAUUAUAGGUCUUAUUUUUGUUGUAAUUUUCUUUAUUUUUUGUCAUGACUUUCCUUUUAUUCAAAUUGGUGCACUCUUAAAUUUUAGUUUUUAUUUUCCGUUUGGAAAAUGUAACGGGUGUGAAAAGAGAUAAGUUUGUACGAGAAAAUAGCAUAAUCAUUAUUAUAUUGACGAAUGAUUAUUUUGUUUUCUCUAGACAAAUUUUAUGUUUAUUUAUUUCUCAUGCAAUGUUCUUAAA